AUUGUCUUCCUCUGUCCAGAUCCUCCAUAUGUGAAGUCUGAAGAUAAAACAGCAAAGAGCGAUCUGGUGAAAAGGUCAGCCCGGUGUUCUCGUGGUUGGACCCCGUUCAACAAUCGCUGCUUCCGCUACAUCCCAAAACCCAUGAGUUGGGCUAGAGCUGAGAAAAACUGUCAGUCCAUGAGGGGAAACCUGGCAUCGGUUCACGACAUAGAGGAGUACCAUGAGAUUCAGAGGCUGAUCAUGACUGCCAGUCACGAGUAUAAAGAGACCUGGAUUGGAGGCAGUGAUGCACAGGAGGAAAAUCAGUGGUUCUGGAGCGAUGGCACUCCUUUCCACUUUACCAACUGGUGUCCUGGAGAGCCUAAUAACUUCCAUGGAAGGCAGCACUGCCUGCGCAUUAACCAUGGAAAUCAAAAGUGCUGGGACGACUAUCAGUGCAACGUUUCUAAACCGUCUGUCUGUGCCAAGAAAGGCUAAUCAAUUCUGAACUGAAUGCUGAAAGCAUUUGUCUUCACUGUAGUCUUUAAAACUAUUUCUGGUGCCCUAUCGCUGUUAGGAAAUUUUAUGAAAACCAAUGGCUUGCAAUAUUUACAAAACCACAAUUAUUUCUUCGGGCUUUUGCAUUUUACUGUAUAACUGUUUACUGAAUUUGUUGUUGAAAGCUAGUUUUGGCAAACCUUUAUUCUGUAGAAAAUAAAAGACU